CCUCUGAAUUGCUUUAAAAUAUAUGAGAGACUUACCUAUAUUUUCGGUAAAAAAUUUAUUAGAAGCACUGAGUUCAUGUUCGAUAUAUGAAAACUUAUGGUCGAUUACGGCGAUUUUUGGAAGGGCGGUGCCGCACUAAAAAUACUGUAUUUGUGCAAAGUUCUGUUCCAAUAUCCUCACUAGUGCUUACUUUGUAUAUUGUAAAGUAAACUAUUCAGGCAGACUUCAAAGUUCUGGUAUAUGAGAAAUAGGCGUGGUUGUGAACCGAUUUGGACUAUUUUCACAACAUUUCAUUGGGAAGCUAGGAAGAUAUUAUGAACCGUUGAAUUUGGUCGAAUCAUUGAAAUUGGUCGAGUAGUUUCGGAUAUAUGAUUUUUGAGCCAUAAGUGCGGAGGCACGGCCAUUUAAAAUUGUGUAUACCAAUUUGAGUGCAGCCUUUCUGUACCAUCUUUAUAAUAAGGUCCUUACUGAGUUAAAGCAUUUUUAGCAGUUUUCAACAUAACCUUUGUAGGUGGGACCGAUUUCCCCAAUUUUUUUGCUGUUAAGGAAAUGCCCGGAUUUCAACUUUACUAGUCACCCUGAUCAGUCUGGUAUAUAUAUAUAACACUAUAUCUAGCACGUUUAGUUUUAGGACUUACAAACAACUGUUAUGUGAAUAAAACUAUUAUACGAUCUUAGCAACUUGUUGCGAGAAUAUAAAAAUACUUAAAAUAACAACAACAAGAAAGUAAAUUAUACCUAUUAACAUUUAGUGUAUCGCUGAUGAAUUCCGCACGCUGUGUAAUAUUUGUCCGAGCUGCACAGAGUCGCCAUCGCAUAAGCGGCCAUAUGUAUGAACAUGUUUUAUUUGGUUAACAAUUAGACGCAUAAUUAUCACAUGUGGCUUAAAUAUUUCUAUGUAAAUGCUGUCGGAUAUAAAAACAAAUUGCAUUUCCUUACCGGAUGUCAGUGAAGUGGUGACUAUUGCCAUUGAAAAAGUCAGAGUAAAAGCUUAAUAAAAGUAUAAGAGAUACGGAAAGUUUUGUUUAACAAAAUGAAUAGGAUUUUAUUGUUGGUUUUAACCGUCGUUGUAUAUUUUGCAAUUGUGCAUGGUGAAAAUUCGUUACAAUCUGAAAAAAGUCAGGUUUUGCAAAGAAGCCAUAAUACAGACUUACAGUUUGAGGCAAGGACAAGAAAACAUCAUCAUCAUCAUAAAUUAUGGUACCUUUGGGGUUGGCAUGCUCUCGCUAUUGCGUAUUGGGUCAAAGUGAAACUAAUCGUUGUGGGCUUCUUCGUCGGAAGUGCGAUAUUUGUAGCUUUACGCUAUGCGUGGCCUCAUAAAUGUUCUACCGGUAUUGUUCAUGACUCCCCGUCAAUUGUGUAUGAUCACCCGCCACCUGCAUUUGCUAAUGAUCAUGUUCCUUAUUCCCUUGAUCAUUCCCCACACUUCGAUCAAUCGUUUUCCAACUCCGACACUGUUGAUCCUUAUUCUGCCUACGCUGGUUCGUAUUCCGAAGAUAUUACAGCUACUGCAGAAGUGGUAUCACCAACAGCACCAAAUACUCACAGGGUUGGUCGUAGGAGUGUGUCCCACGCUACAAAAGUGAAACGUCGACAACAACAACCCGAAUCAUUGUGGAAAACUGAGGAUAGGAUUGCCGAAUUGAUGUUUGACUUUUUAGGCUUGGAUUCAAUGGCCUGUCGACGUCGUUUUAUCUGUGAGAUGGAGUUUCGAUCGCGUCUUAAUCCACUUAGUGGUAUGGCUUUUCGAAUUUUGGGGCGUGGAUUAUUUGAAAAAUAUAUGAAUGUACGUAAUAAACUUGGACGGGCUCAAUCAUUCGCUGAAUGCACUACAGUUAACCCACAGUGUAAAUUUAUAGAGCAAAAUAACUCGGAACCAGUAUCAACUGAAAUAUUAGCUUCAGAUAAUCAAUCCAGCGGUGGUACUGACGCAACUACUCAUAUUAAUAAUGAAAUCAUCGACAGUUUAGAAGAAAAUCAAACCAGUUUUAAUAAACCUAACAUUAAUUUGGAAAUUCAAAAUGAAGGCAACUUACAAGCGGAACGUAGGUAUAUAGCAUAUCUUAGACACAGUAAUUUAGAUAGCUCGACCAAUAUUGAAAUGAGGCGUAAAUUAAAAUGAUUGCAGGAGUGUACGAAUAACCCUUAAUAAAUUAAUUUAUUUAUAUUAGCAUAAGUAUUUCAGUAAACUAAAGAGAUAAUUUAUUUAUGUAUAUAUUUGUUGUAUAAUACUUAAAACGCAUAGUUCAUCACAGAACAGCAUUUGUUAAACAAAACAAAAAACGAUAAUUGGUUCGGUCUAAAUAAUUUAUUUCGACAGUGUUUAAUUGUAUCUUUUUACAAUGGAUAAUAAAUUUAAAAUACUUAA